UAUGCUUUAACGUCACUUCAUUUUCAUAGAUAGAUAACUCAAAUUAAUAGUCCUAGACAUUUAUAUUACUUGAAAGAAAAACGGCAUUUUGUAUAAGAUUCAACCACAUUUCAAGCAUUCAGCUGUUGGGUAAAACACACAUUCUCAAGGUGUAUUGACGAGAGGCAGUAUAAUUCUAUUUAUACGAAUUGUUUUCGCUGCUAUUUAUAACCGGGCCGCCUAUGUCGAGAGUGUGGUGCUAGUGUUGUGCUCUGGGCGUUCUUUGUCUUUUGAGAGACGAAGGAUGAUUUGCGUUUACCAAACACCGCAGUCUCCCCUAUCGUCAUAGCCCAGCGCUCUAGUCUUGGCUUACCUCCAGGCCGUCCGCAUUUACAAAUCUACUCUGCAGAAACAACCUCUCAGCCCCCGACAUACUAUAGGCACUAAACACUCGAAUCAUUCUAAUUGUUUUAAGAUUCUUUAAUUUGUAAACGAGCCAAUUAAAUUUGUUGCACCGUUCCUCGUCAAUUCAAGCACUUCUAAUGGCGUGUGUCUCUGCUAACGAAUCUGAAUGCGAGAGAUGCAAGCUCGGUGGAAGAGUUGUGCCCGAUCCAGAGGUGGGUGGCGCGCCGAAGUACGUCGUAAAUCAAAACGAGCAACUUGGGCGCUUUCUUGCUGCCGCGAAGGACAUCAAAGAAGGCGAAAUCGUGUUCAGAGCCGAACCCCUGGUGUCCGGAUUGCAGGCAGGCUGUGCGCCCCUGUGCCUUGGGUGCUACGGCCCACUUCCGGAAGUUGACGAUCCGGAUCAACUGAAGUGCCCAACUUGUGGUUGGUUUCUUUGUUCGGAUGAUUGCAUAUUCUCACUCAGACACCAACCGGAGUGCGAGGCCACCGCCAGAUCUGGAGUUCCAGUCAACAUCACCGACCCGCAUGCCCACGAUUCCCUUUACGACUGUGUCAUUUUGAUCCGCUGUUUGAUGCUGAAAGUGAAAGACCCCGAAAAGUGGGCCAAGCUUCAAAACAUGGAGACACUUGAGGGGACCAAAAGGCCGAAACUGCAGAGGAGGAAGGCAAAGGCACUAUGUGCACUUCUGACUGCGCGAUUCGGUCUGCCAGCUUCCCAGAAGGAAAUGCUGCGUUUGUUGGCAGUCCUUGAGGUUAACGCAUAUGAGGUCCGCAUGCCAACGAAUAACGUGCAAGCAGUCUAUCCAAUUGCAAGUCUCCCUGAGCAUAACUGCAUGCCAAACACGUUUAGGAUGUUUGAGAAAGACCUGAGUGUCUGCGUUAGGGCCACACAAGACAUCCCGAAAGGAGGCCAUAUCACAGUCACCUACACUGACUCACUCUGGGCGACCCCUGAGCGAAGGGCGCACCUGUUUUUCAGCAAGCACUUUUUGUGUGUUUGCAAUAGAUGCAAAGACCCGACAGAGAUGGGCACUUUUCUCACAGCCCUUCGCUGCCAAAUGAAAGACGAGAAUGGUGGCAGCACAUUUUGCCAAGGAGCAGUUCUACCAGUUGACCCUUUGGCUCCACCAGCAGAGAGUGAAAGGCAGAACGAAAAAGAAGUGUGGUCGUGCACUAGAUGCGGCUACAAAAUCACAGGUCUUAAGGCCAGGAACGUCACUCGCAGGGCAGUAGAUGCCGUACACGAACUCGACGACUCGGACGAGAGCGGGCCAAGAGAAUAUGAGGAAUUGCUGUGCGAACUUCAAAAAGACCUCCACCAAACGCACUCCACAGUGGUAGAUGUCAAGCAUACUCUGAUCCACCUGUACAGCCCGCAAUAUUGCACUAAUAGGAAAUUGAAAAGGAAGGAAACGUUGUGCCACGAAAUUAUUCGAAUGGCUGAAAAACUUUUUAAGGGAAUUUCAAGUUUGAAAGGAACAGUUUACUAUGAACUGGGAACAUCUAUUUUGGAAUCGAUUAAAAGAGAUGAGAGCUCAAAAGCAGAAAAGGAGAAACGGCAAAAGGAAGCGCUAGAUGCUUUUACGAAAGCUUUGUACCACUUGCAGUACAUACCAGACUGUCAGCCUGAGUGGUGUGUAGCUGAACAGUCGCAUCAUAAAAUGCACGAGCUUCAAACGUCCAUACAUCAAAAAGACUAAUUCAGCAUUAAGAACAACCUUUUAAUUUGCCAGGAGAUGCGAAAUUUUCCUUUCAUCCUUACGUCGUUUUGCCUCUAGUGAUGAUUUCUAGAGCUUUGUCUAGUGCGUAAUAAUGGCAUACAAAGCACGUAGAUUCCAGACCGGCAGACACUUUUUAUUAUAGGGUACUGAAAAGACAAACGGAAAGAAUGAUUUUACUUGUGAUUUUUACAGUUUAACUUUGGCCAAAUAUAUAACUAUGUACAACAAUGGCUUAAGCAGCUCUGCAAUGACUAUCCUAAUAAUUUUAACCUUUCGUUAGGUGAAAUUGAAAGAUGAUUCACUAUUCUCUUAAGGAGCCUGUAUAUUUUGUUUAUUUCGACACAAUAUAUUUUAAGCUUUCAUCUAUUGAAUAAAUAUCAAAAUUUCCAAUA